AUGACUGCGCUUCCUAAGGCAGAGACACUUCCAGGGUGGGACUCUUCCCAGGGCACUUCCACAGCUCAACUGCUCUUUGCAGCCUAUUUGCAAGACAGCUACUGUCCAUAUAUCUAUCCUUAUUCUUCAGAAGAAGCUGCCCCUGAUUCUGCGCCCACCGUGACCAACAAGAUGGACAUAUCCCUGGACGACAUCAAUAAACUCAACAGGAGCCAGCGUGGCCAAUGCGGCGGGGACCGGGACCGGCACUGGGACCGAGAACGAGAUCGGGCUGGAGCCCAGGGGGGCCGCGACGUCUGGGGCGCGCAGGUGGCAGCCCGCAUAAGCCGAGGCGGGGGCCCCGUACGUAACAGGCAAGCCAUGGCCCGCGGAGGUGCCAGCGGCGGCAGCAGGAACCGACCCGCGCCCUACAGCCAACCCAAGCGGCUUCCACACAAGGGGCAGCCUGACGUGUUCCACAGUGACUUGGGAGGCCGGCCCGUACUUGAGACCGGCGCCAAACUGCUGAUCUCCAAUCUGGAUUGUGGGGUCUCGAAUGCCGAUAUCCAGGAACUAUUUGCUGCAUGUGGAACUCUGAAGAAGGCAGCUCUACAUUAUGAUCGCUCCGGCCGAAGCUUAGGGACAGCAGAUGUUCACUUUGAGCGAAAAGCAGAUGCUCUGAAGGCUAUGAAACGCUAUCAUGGUGUCACCUUGGAUGACAGACCUAUGAACAUACAGCUUGUUCUACCACAGACUCGUGCACAACGAAGACCCGCACAGAGUGGAAAGAGAGGGGGAAUGACUGGGAGCCGUGGUUCUGAAGGUGACACCCGGAGAGGCGGUCCUGGAGGCCCGCGAGGACCAGAACGAGGGACUGAAAGAAAUUCGAAACAGCUUUCCAUAGAAGAACUAGAUGCACAACUGGAUGCUUAUAAUGCCAUGAUUGAAUUCGACUUAAACUAG